CGGACCCCCGGCCCGUCUUGUCCGCUGCAUCCCCCCCCCCCCCCGUCUCCAUGCCUUUGGAGGCAUUUCGAAUUCCCCCUGGCAACAUGGAGCUGCCUGAAUUAGAAUUCUCCGCAUGACGGUCCUGGGUAGCAGUAGGAUGGUCACUGCUGACACAGGGGGGCACAGCUACUUGGUGGCGUGCUGGCAGCCCAUCCUGGUCCUGAUGCUGGGUACCGUCCUUUCCGGCUCGACCACCGGAUGCCCUUCCAGAUGUGACUGCAAUGCCCAGGAGCGCUCGGUAGUGUGCCAUCGAAGACGAAUGGCAACUCUUCCCGAAGGCAUCCCCACAGAAACAAGGCUUCUCGAUCUGAGCACCAACCGUCUAAAACUUAUUGGGCCGGAGGAAUUCAUCAACUACCCGCAGCUGGAGGAGCUCCAACUAAACGAAAACAUCAUUUCGUCCAUUGAGUCCGGCGCGUUUAGCAACCUCAUGAACCUACGGACUCUCGGGUUGCGCAAUAACCAGCUCAAGCUCAUCCAGCUGGGGGUGUUCACUGGCCUCAACAACCUUACACAGCUGGAUAUCAGUGAGAACAAGAUUGUCAUUCUGCUAGACUACAUGUUCCAGGAGCUCUACAACCUGAGGGUACUGGAAGUGGGUGACAAUGACCUCGUUUUCAUCUCGCCACGAUCGUUUCACGGCCUCAGCAAUCUUGAAACCCUCAACAUUGAGGGUUAUAAGCUGUCCUCAGUGCCCACUGAUGCCCUGAGCCAUCUGCACAACCUGCUGUCACUCCGAUUACGGUAUCUGAACAUCACUGCCAUAAGGGAUUACUCCUUCAAGCGGCUGUAUCGGCUAAGAGUACUAGAAAUAUCACACAUGCCUUCCAUGGAUACCAUGACCCCCAAAUGCUUAUUUGGAAUCAACUUGACCUCUUUGGCAAUUACAAACUGCAAUCUUACCAUUAUUCCCUACCAAGCCAUCAGUCACCUGAGAUAUUUACGAUUUCUAAACCUGUCUUUCAAUCCCAUCCGUACUGUCGAAGGAAACCAACUUCACAAUCUGCAAAAGCUGCAGGCUUUUCAUUUGGCUGGUGGCAGAUUAAUUGCCAUUGAGCCUUACUCCUUCCGAGGACUAAAUCAUCUGCACGUUCUCAAUGUUUCUGGUAAUAGGCUGAACACCGUGGAGGAGUCUGUUUUCCACUCCGUGGGUAAUCUGGAGACCCUGGCUUUGCAUGACAACCCUUUGGCAUGCGACUGUCGCUUGCUGUGGGUUUUCCGCCGGCGUUGGAGGUUAAACUUUAAUAGACAGCAACCCAUCUGUGCUUCACCUGAUCUUGUGCAAGGAAAGGAGUUCAAAGACUUCCCAGAUAUCCUCCCUUCUAAUUAUUUCAGCUGCCAGAAAUCGCAAAUUGUGGAUAACAAGGUUCAAGAGAGCCACGUGGACGAAGGGACUACCAUCAGUUUUGGUUGCCAAGCGGAAGGUGAUCCAUUCCCCGUCAUCAUGUGGCUUUCUCCGAAGAAAGAUUACAUCACCACCAAAACUAUGGGCUCAAGACUUUCCGUGUCCGACGAAGGUACAUUAGAGGUCCGUUAUGCCCAAAUUCAAGACAACGGCACUUACCUGUGCAUUGCCAGCAAUCCUGCAGGCAAUGACACCAAAGUCAGCCAUCUUUUUGUACAUAGCUACUCCCCUAAUUGGCCUCAUCAGCCAAACAAGACGUUUGCCUUCAUUUCCAACCAGCCCAGCGACGAAGGGGCGAACGUGACCCGGACCACAAUUACCUUUCCGUUUGAUGUUAAGACACUAAUCAUCGCAACCACCAUGGGGUUCAUUUCUUUCCUCGGAGUUGUGCUCUUCUGUCUUGUUAUUCUGUUUCUGUGGAGCCGAGGAAAAGACAGCACAAAGACAACUAUAGAGGUCGAGUACAAAGAAGACACAGAAGAGGCUAGUCCAACUGAGACUCCCAUUCAAUUCAAUAUGAAAAUCAUGUAAACCGUGAAAAAGAGGGCCUGCAGACCUAUUAACUGAAGUUGGGAUGUGGACUAGCUUUGCUUGAGCGAUAACAAUUGCACAGCAGUGAAUGCAUCUUGACCCAAUGUACUACAAUUAUUGUUUUUUCUUGUUUUUUUUUAGAAAAAUAGUAAAAAAAAAAAAAGUUGAAUUUCUGUAAACAUUGUAAUGGCAGUACUGAAGUAUGUUAACAUGCCCGCAAUUAUGACGACGAUAUGUAACCCAAUUAAGGUAAUAGUUGAUGAGCACACGCAUGACAAGAGCGUAAACACCAGUUAAUUUAAAGGGGCUGUUUGCAACUUGCUCAUAGUUACAUUUUUUAAACCAAAAAAAUUAAACAUUAUUAUAUGUUAUGUUAGUGGUUUAA